UAAAACCUUUCAAAUUUGAGGAAGACUUUCCGUCCCGCCUCCCUUGCAUGUCCGGCUUACAGUCGUUUACGACAGUGUCAGGAUCGCGGGCUUGCUUUCCGGUAGCGUGGGCUGACGCCUCGCUCAAUUUCCCACAGGGCUGCGCAGGUUUGCCCCUUCUGCGAAUGGACCACUGGAGGGGUUCAAAGGUUCGCGUCCCAAUACGGGAAUGAGCCUCUUUGAUCUCUUCCGGGGCUUUUUCGGCUUUCCUGGACCUCGGAGCCACAGAGAUCCCUUUUUUGGAGGGAUGACUCGAGAUGAAGAUGAUGAUGAGGAAGAAGAGGAAGAAGGGGGUUCAUGGGGCCAUGGGAACCCAAGGUUCCAUAGUCCUCAGCACCCCCCUGAGGAAUUUGGCUUCGGCUUCAGCUUCAGCCCAGGAGGAGGGAUACGUUUCCACGAUAACUUCGGCUUUGAUGACCUAGUACGAGAUUUCAAUAGCAUCUUCAGCGAUAUGGGGGCCUGGACCUUGCCUUCCCAUCCUCCUGAACUCCCAGGUCCUGAGUCAGAGACACCUGGUGAGAGACUGCGGGAGGGACAGACACUUCGGGACUCAAUGCUUAAGUAUCCAGAUAGUCACCAGCCCAGGAUCUUUGGGGGGGUCUUGGAGAGUGAUGGAAGAAGUGAAUCCCCCAAACCAGCACCAGACUGGGGCUCCCAGAGACCAUUUCAUAGGUUUGAUGACAUAUGGCCUGUGGACCCCCAUCCUAGAACCAGAGAGGACAAUGAUCUUGAUUCCCAGGUUUCCCAGGAGGGUCUUGGCCCGGUUCUACAGCCCCAACCCAAAUCCUAUUUCAAGAGCAUCUCUGUAACCAAGAUCACUAAACCAGAUGGGAUAGUGGAGGAGCGCCGGACUGUGGUGGACAGUGAGGGCCGGACGGAGACUACAGUAACCCGACACGAAGCAGAGAGCAGUCCUAGGGUUGAUCCAGAGUCACCAAGACCUCCAGCCCUGGAUGAUGCCUUCUCCAUCCUGGACUUAUUCCUAGGACGUUGGUUCCGGUCCCGGUAGCCUUGUUAACCCUCAGAAGCCUUCAAAGUCCUUUCCACCUUUCACCCAUUGCCCACCAUUAAUAAGCUUAGCUUCUCCUCUUGCCACCUCAGAGGCUUGGAUAUGUGGAAUAGUGAAUUGGGGGCAUGUCAGUUUGUCACUCACCCAAACUGACCAAUAAAACUUUUAUUUAUGCUAAU